CUUAGUUUUCACUUAGUUUCUUGCCAACCUUUCCUUCGAUCGUUUCAAAUUCUCGAGAGUUUAUAAUAUUUCUCGUUAAUAUAUUUUUUUCGAGAAUAAAAAUUUUCAAAUUGUGUUCAAGUGAUUUUUAAAAGUGAGUGUGUGUGUAUGUGAAAAAAAUGUUGCCAGUGAAUAGUUACGAAUAUCCGGAAGCUCAACCAACGUGGGACAAAAAUUUUCCAUUUGUGACAAUAAUUGAACAUCCAACACAUUCAUUACGCUUUCGUUACGAGUGCGAACGACGAUGUGCAGGAAGAAUUUUGGGUGAAAAUAGUGUCGCUGAUAGACGAACAUUUCCAACAAUUCAAAUUCACGGAUACAAGGGACCUGUUGUUAUUGUUGUGUCAUGUGUGACAAGAGACAAUCCCCCACGACCUCAUCCUCACAGUAUUAUGGGGAAGAAUUCCGCAGCGAAUGGAAUAUAUUCGUUAAAAAUGAAUCUUGUUGAUGGAAUCGUGACGUUUAAUCAUCUUGGAAUUCAGUGCAUGAAGAAGAAGCAAGUCGCCAGUGCUCUCGAGAUACGAAAACGAGAGAAUGUCGAUCCCUAUGGAACUGGUUUCGAUCAUAUGGAAUUUCCCGAUUCCAUUGACUUGAACUCGGUUCGCCUGUGCUUUCAGGUUUUCAUUCAGGGCCCUCAGAAGAAAUUCAACAUCCCCCUGAAGCCCGUGGUCAGUAAUCCAAUCUACGACAAGAAGGCAAACGAGGAUUUGAUAAUUUGCAAACUCAGCGUUUGCAGUGCUCCCGUCUCAGGUGGCACCGAGGUGAUACUCCUUUGUGGUAAAAUUAGUCGCGACGAUAUUCAAGUUCGUUUUUUCGAAGUUCGCAACGAGUGGCUCUUUUGGGAGGGUUUCGGCGAAUUUCAACCCGUCAACGUACACAAACAAGUGGCCAUUGUCUUCAGAACACCCGCCUAUUGCAAUCAGGACAUCAGCGAACCAGUUGGAGUGCAAAUACAACUUCGCAAAAAAUCCGACGGCUCCACGAGCAAACCCCUACCGUUUAUAAUGCUCCCAGUAGAAAUUUCUGAUACAAAUAUAAUGAAACGAAAACGUGCUCGCUUCGACUUCAGUCCCAAGUCAUUUAUGUUGAAACAAAUGGAAAUCCAAGCUGAAAAACGCAACGCAGUGGUGAAUCAAUCUCUAUUGCUCAAUUUCCCAACUCCCAAGGAACGUUCUCCUAUUUUUCACAAUUCCAAUUUUCCCGAGAACAAUAAUUAUGCAACGCAGGAUUUAAAUAUUCACUGUGAUCAAACAAUUCACGAAACCUUUGGAACGCCAGUGCCACAACCACGAACCUCAUUGAUUGAACCAAAUCCCAAGGAACCGAAACCAAAAGCACCGAGAAAACGAGCAACGCCUCGAGUUAGAAUUCAAAAAACCGAUGUUCCACCACAACCGGAACCUCGUCGACGUCUCGAGACACCACCGCCAAAUGUUACGAUUCAUUCCUAUGCAUAUUGUGACACAAAUCCAACACUACAGUGGCAGGAUCUCGACAGAUAUCCACGAUAUUCCACUCAUCAGCAACAACAAUCAACCGACGUGAUUGAUCCAUUUGUGAAUAAUUUACCGUCUUGUGAUUUUGCUCCACGUGGUCCUGUUGCUCAGCCAGCAUUCGUCGAAUUUGAAAAUACUCGAACUCACCAACUCCCUGACAAUUCCGAUACAAUUUCGGACAAUCUCUCCAAGGGUCUUUCGAUAUCGGACGAGAUUCAUGAUACUUUGCAAAAUAUUCACGAAUUAAAUCGAAAUGUUGAGGAAAGUCAACAACGCAUCACUGGUAAAUACAUGACGAAUUAUGUUGACAACGAGACGAAUGUUAAUAAUUCACCAUGGAACGAUAUUAUGGGACAGGUUUACGAUAAUCAACCGAAUGAAAAUAAUUUCUUUUCCUAAUUCAACGUGCUGCAAAUUUAUAAAGCAUAGGAAUAUUUCUUGAGCUUCCAAUAAUGGAACCAGUGUUUGUUAAGAAGACUUUCUAUAAUUAAAUAUUAUGUAAAUAUGUAAAGAAACUUAAAAUUAUUUAUAAAAAAAAAAAUUCAUUUCGCGCAGUUGAAUGAUUAAUCGUUGUUAUUAUUAUAUUGAGAUCAAUGUCAGUAUUGUUACUAUUAUUAUUGUUAAUAAUUACUAACUAAUUAUUAUAUGAAUUGUACGUUUGCGUCAAAUUUUGACAUGAUAUUAUAUAUAUAAAUAAUUGAUAAUUUCAAGAAUAAGGUAUACGAAAUUAUAAUAUAUAAUAAUGAAAUUUAUUACUUCGUAAAAUAAAUCUAAGAUGACAAUUUACAAAUAUAAAUCCUUCAAGACACGUAUUUUUCUUUACAAUAAUUUAUCACAUUAUCUUUGUUUCAAUAAACAGUAUUAAAAUAUUUUUCAAUUGUUGAAACAAUAUUUGUAUACUUUCUGAAGAAGACAGCUGUGCUGUCGAUAUACAUAAAUUGAUGACCUCGAGCUUGGAGGAUUAAUAUUUGUAAUUUUUUAUGAGACAUUUUUCGAUAGAAUAAAAUAAUAUUUAGCUUUAAAAGCUAAAAUAAAUUUGACAAUUUCUUAUAUGACAAAAAAUAUGUACCUGUACCCUUUUUUUAUUUCUUAUAUGUAGCAUUAAACACUUUUACAAUAAAAUUUGGAAAUAUUUUCAAAUAA